AUAAAAUAUGUGUAUGUAUUGUAUUUCGCGGUCAUCAUUUAUUUCGAUGCUCAUUUAUCACUUCAUUCAUUUACACUCAUUCAAUAAGCAAAGGGAAAACAAAAAAACGAAUCAAAGAUCUUCGAUUGAAGCUAAGUAAGUAAACGUGAAUUGAUCUGUUCAUCACUGUUAUACAAAAAAAUAUAACAAUAAUAAAUCUACUACUACUACUCUAUCGACAAUAUAACAUUACUUAUCGUUAGUAAUGCAUGUUUUCGUAUUAAUUAAAUUAGAUGAUUCUUGCUUACUUAGCUUCUAGAUAAAUUUAAUCAAUAGUUCUACAUGAAGAACAGUGAAACAGCAUAAAAAGGAUUAUUUACUUUUUUCUUUUUUUUUUUUCACAAAAAAUUAAUUUUUUUAUACGAAGUGCAACACUGUUCUUUUGUAGAUGCAUUAAAAAGUAUAGCGUAGAUACAAAUGAAGACAUUUUAUACAUUUUAUCUGUCUCAAGUAAAAGUUUACGUUUAGAGAUGAAUGUUUUCAUAUACAAAACAUGGGGGCCAAAAACUGUCUAAGUAAACGUAAUUUUUCGUUUUUGUGAACAAACGCUGUUGUUAUUUUGGAAUAUUUUUGUUGUUAUUAAAUUCUGAUUCGAACUAUUUUUGUGUACUACGUAAAGAAAGCGAUUUUGAGUGUUGGUAAGUUUAAGAUGUGACAUGUUCAUCUCUGAGGGUAAAUGUUCUAUGUAUAUUCUGAUCAGCAUAUCAGUUAUUCGUAAUGGUUGUUUCUUAUAGCGUGCAUAGAACGCUAUAUUUGUACAUUAUUACAUUAGAUCGUAAUUAUGACUGUUUUAAAUGGAAUAGAAGAGUUGUUGGCAAAAAAGAAACAGGUCUGAAAUUAACUAACAAUUGUUUCUUGCUUCAUAAUUAUUUAAGGAGUAUUUUUCGAUGAAAAGGCUAAGGCUUUCACGGCCGGCGUUAUCUGAAGUGAAUCAUUUGGGCUUGAUAGCCGGGGUUCAAUUGGUUCAUCUCCUACCGUGAGUCUACUGAUGGAGUCGUUUCGUAAAAUCCUUUACACUCUUCUGGUACCUUCUCUGAGGAUGCCAAGCACAGCAGCAGGCGAAACGUGAGAUACACGACCCCAUCAGUGGACUCACUAAGGGUGGGGAGCCAAUACUGGAUCUUGACCAUCAUCAAGUUCAAAUAUCGAAGCUUCUUUAGAGUAUUUUUCGUUCAAAUUUUGGUUAAAAAUUUAGUCUAAUGUGUUUAGUAACAUAUGCCCCAUAACUUUUAAAAAAAUAAAAAAAGUACCGGUUGAGGUGCCAAAUUAUAGUAUAUAUACAAUCAUAUUAAUGUAUAGUAAAAUCGUUUUUUUCAUAUUAAGGACCAAUAAUCAGCAAAAUAAAUAAAAACGUCCACUUAGCCCAGGGCAAGACCAAUUUACUUACAGGGCAGUGGACUGACUUGUGGUCAUUCAGAACAGAGAAAGAAAAGCUAUUUCUAACUAAUUUUACUACAUAAGAGCAAUAUGAAGAAAUGUGCUAAUUUCAUUUAAAACAGUCUUUCUUAGACUGGGUGCUGCUAUGCCAUUGCAAUGCAACAUAGAUAAAACAAAAUUUGUUCAUGUUAUCAGAUGUUUGUUGAUUCACGGGGCUUUAUAGUGUUCACUGAGAACUGCAAAUGUGAUCGACUUAAAACUUACAUAUUAUAUGCAACGAAUAUACAAGGUUAACGUAGGGUAGUUACAAGUGUACUCACCGAUUUUCAUAAAUUUUAAGCUAAAAAUUAAUUAAUUAACGCAUAAAAGACAUUUUGCUUACUCAUGUUAUUGCUGAACAGUGAUAACCGAGGGAAGGUGCUUACCUACAACCAUGAACGACACGAAAAUUGAAAAAAAAAUACUUUGUAUAAGGCGUUUUUUUUUAUUUGUAUAUAUAUUUUGGAAAUUUUUGCAUAUAUGCCGUUAUUCUCGGUUAUCACUUGAUAAAUACAUAAAUAGUUAACUAGUUGUACUUAAGAUUGAAAUUUGUAUACUUGUAGGUAAUGUUAUCCCUCGUCAAUAUUUGCUAGUGAUGCUGUUUAGUACUAAAUAGUCACCUACCUACACACCCUAAUUUACCAGAUUUUUCGUACCAUUUGGUAUAUCGUAUUAAUAAUAAUAAUUAUUAUUGUACUAUUCGUUACAUUGAAGUGAUUCAUUUUGUCAAAGCAUAAAUAGAAAAAUUGAUAUCUUGCAAAAUGACACAUAAAUUUGUUGUUGUACUUCUACGUAUAUAUUUAUUUUAUCGUUUAUUAUGAAUAAUAAACCCAUUGCAUAUUAGAAAACGCGGAAUUCUAUUUAUUAUUCCUAAUGAUGUUAAUUAAAAUUUUCCUAUGAUUUUGCAACAUUACACAAAUGGCAUUUUAAACUAUUCUUUCGCAAUUUUCAGAGCAACUUUAUUUUUCCUAUAAUAUUGCACGUAAAUUAUUUAAAUAUAUGGUCUGCAAAUUUUGAUAUUGGUAUCUUUUGAUCAUAAAUCAAAAAGCAUCUAUGUACUUAAAGUUAAAUUACCACCUCUGGUCUCUUACUUUUAAAUUCCGCUAUUCCUUUUUUGGACCCCUAAUUUUAAUGAAAAUGUUUAAAAACUUUUCAUCUACUAUAAGAUAGAUAGGGACACUUCUGCCUAAUUUAAAAAUAAGUAUGAAACCAUAGUAAAAAACGACGAAAACAUUAUUAAACUUACGAUUUCAUUAAUUUACACUAUAAAAAUAUGAAAUAUGUGGACACUGUGGUCUCUAAAAUGGCAUCACAGCUCUGAAAUCAAGCAGAAAAUCUUAAAAAUACAGCUGUUUAAGAGGAAAAUCUAGACAUAACAUCAUUGUUUGUAUAUACAUACAUACAUUAAUUAUCUCAAGCCAAUGGUAUAAAGCACAAAUAAAUUUGCGUCAUUAAGGAAGUAUUUAAAACGGGGUGCCUAAGAAAAGCCGCACAACGGUCGAAGAAAGUUUAUUUGUUGACAUAUGACCUUCUUGGACUUUGUGGCCUGUGAUAAGAGUCCGUUGGUUACACAAAUCUCGUUGAAAAUUUUCGAUAUCCGGGUCAAGUUCUCCGUUAAAUUGAAAAAAAAAAUUGUGCGGGAAUUAAGGCGACAGUGCAACAAGUAUGCAAAAAUGGCAGGGAAUGCUUCAGUUUUUUUGCAAAUGAUAAUGUACGUGACUAAUCAAAGUGCCAUUCAGGAUGAUCUUCAAUCAUCUUACAACGUUUACUUAAUGGAAAUUGGGAAAGAAAUGAACAAAACAACAUGUAUUGGGAGCUAUGGUUGUUUUAAUUUAAGUGCUCCCUGGACUUCAAUACAUCGUCCUGUAUCUCUAUUUCCUGAAAAUUUUGAGCCUAAUUACUUUAUCUACGAUCGUCAACAUGUAGAUAAACCGAGACUUUUGGAUUUAGAAGAUUAUAUGUUUGUGAAAAAUUUAAAGAUAAAUCCUGACAACCCUCUGUACACAAUAUCUCAUGGGUAUUUAGAAAGCGGCGACAAACCGUGGAUCAUCGAAUUGGCGCAGGAACUUUUGAAACUGGAAGAUUGUACAGUGAUAGCUGUAGAUUGGGGACGUGGUUCAAGUCCACCCUAUACUCAAGCUGUGGCCAAUAUAAGACUGGUAGGAGCCAUGACUGCCCAUGUCCUAGCCGAUUUUGCGAGAUUUACAGGAGAGAAGAAAUUAGAUCAUGUGCAUUGUAUUGGCCAUUCAUUGGGGGCUCAUUUGAGCGGUUAUAUCGGAUAUACUUUGAUGAGAGAUUUUGGUUUGAAACUGGGUCGAAUAACAGGCCUAGAUCCGGCAGAGCCCCAUUUUUCGAAAACCCAGCCUCCUGUUAGACUUGAUCGAUCAGCAGCCCAUUACGUUGACAUUAUACAUACCGAUGCAAGCCAAUUUAUUCGAGGAGGAUUGGGGAUGACCGAAAGGAUAGGGCAUGUCGAUUAUUAUCCCAACGGAGGUACCGAUCAACCAGGAUGUAAUAGGGGAGUAGCUCAGUAUAUUACUGACUCAAAUGGAAGCUUCUUUGGUGGAAUAAAGAAAUUUUUGGGUUGUAACCACUUAAGGAGUCACGAGUAUUUUAUGGAAAGUAUUAGAAGUGGAUGUCCUUUUUUAACUAUUGGAUGUUCUUCAUACGAAGACUUUAAAGAUGGAAAAUGCUUUCAAUGCGGUAGAAAUAAGAACCAUUGCGUCCGCUUUGGGUAUCAUGGGAGGGAGGAUUACAAUAGAUUGAUUAAGAAGCGUAUGAUACGUCCAAAUGAGAAUUUGAUGCAGUUUUUAAUAACCGGUAGCGAAUCUCCAUUUUGCAAAUCCCAUUACAGAAUAAGAGUGGAAAUUUCGAAUUCUACAGAUAGUAAAACUCACGGUGGUGAAAUAGGACAAUUGUUUUUUACUGUGUACAGUACUCGUGAUGGUAAGGGAUCCAACAGUGGUAAAAUGGCUCUAAAUGAUGGUGGCUAUCAUGAGCCUGGGGUAAAAUACGAGGCCGUUGUUCCUGGGAACGAUAUUCCCGAUUUAAAAUCUGUAGAAGUUGAAUGGAAAUACCAUAGUAGUGUUUUCAACCCUUUAACGUGGAGAUUGUUGGCAAGCCCUAGGGUUUUUGUCGAUCAUGUUGUGAUUGACAAUUUAGAAACUAACAAAAGUAUUAUUGUCUGCUCUCGCGAAAAUCAGCCUCUAAUAUCUGGCAUUCCGCAAUUUUUCCACACCUCGUACUGCGCCCUUACGUAAUUAAAUUAUUGUAAUUUAAAUGAUAAUGAAUAUUCUGUGACCUGUUAAACCAAAGUAUUAUCAAUGCGGCUCGAGUAAAACUGUGUAUAUUAAAAAUAUAAAAUAGAAUCUAAAGAACAGAAAAAAAAUGUUACGCUUUUACUUAAUUGUAAUUUGUUU